UUCAUGGACGAUUCGACGCUCGUCCCCGGCGCCUCGCGGGACACUCAAGCGCGCUCUCGUGUGGGCGAGCGCGCACUCGUGCUGACUUUCGGGGAGUCUCGUCCAAACUUUGUCCCUGCCGCGACAGCAGCGGGACGGGACGCCGCUGGGCUCGGGCUCGACGUUCGGUUCUGGUGGGCUCCAGCCCGCCGCCCACGCCGCCCAUGCCGCCGGUGUGCCUCCGACCCCCGAGGAGGAGCGGAGGAAGCAUGAGGCGGAGUCGUCCGGACUGGGGGAGUCCUCGUCCUCGUCCUCGUCCGAAGCUGCUAACGGGAAGCUAAGCUAAAGCUAACCAAGUGUUCGGCGGCCUUUGAAGACAAAAAAGGACGACAACAACAAGAACAACAACCAAAAGCUCAAGUUGAAAAGUCGCCGUCGGCGGUCUUCCCGGCGACACCAAACAUGGACGACGUGGACUCGCUGCCCGGCGGCCCGGCGGAGCGCUUCCUGGCGGCCGGCGUGUGUCAGCAGCAGGGCUGGGUCCGCGUUCACGAGGUGAAUGGUCCGGCAGCCCACCGACUGUCGUGUGGCCAGAGUCCAUUUUUGUGCGUGUGGGAGAAGAAGUUGUGCGUGUUGACGGACAGCCAGCUGCUGCUCCUCGGCAAGGAUGAGCAGAACACGUGCGAGGCUGCGGAGAAAUCGUCGGACGCUGCCGAUGCGCGGAACCUCCGCAGGACCGUCAGCGUCCCCGCUGAGGGACAGUUCCCUGACUUUCCACCAGAGGGCGCCGCCGUGUUAGACGGGUCGUGCGAGCGAUCUGCGAGGAGGCGGAGCGUCCCGGGCGCGGCGAGCUCAGAAAAGACGGUCGCCGCGGAGGCGCCCUGCAGCUCGUCGCCGUUCCGAGUGCCCGGUUUCUUCAGCAAGCGUCUGAAAGGUUCCAUCAAGAGGACCAAAAGUCAAAACAAACUGGACCGGAACAGCAGCUUGCAACUUCCUGUUUUGAGAACUGCUGACACGGACAGGUCUCACGGACAUCCUCGGCCGAAGGAGUCGACGUCACGCCGGUCUCCUCCGGAGGCCACGGCCCUCAGCGUGGAGGACGGCGUGACGGUCAGGCCUCUGCACAGCAGCGUUCUGGGACGGGACUUCUGCUUCGAGGUGACCUACUCGGGCGGCACCAAGUGCUUCAGCUGCUCAUCGGCGUCGGAGCGAGACAAGUGGCUGGAGAACCUGAGGAGGAGCGUGCAGCCCAACAAGGACAAUUGCCGACGGGCGGAGCAUCUCCUGUGGCUGUGGAUCGUCGAGGCUAAAGACCUGCCCCCCAAGAAGACUUACUUCUGCGAGCUGUGCCUGGACGACGUGCUGUACGCGCGCACCACCGGCGAGGCCCGCGGGGACGGCCCGUUCUGGGGCGAGCGCUUCCUGCUGGCCGACCUCCCCGCCGUGCGCAGCCUCACCGUGCACGUCUACCGGGACGCCGACAAGAAGAAGAAGAAGAAGGACAACAACAACUACGUGGGCCUGGUCAACAUCCCCGCGGCCGCCGUGAGCGGACGGCAGUUUGUGGAGAAGUGGUACCCGCUGAGCACGCCGGCCGCCGCCAAGGCCAAAGGGGGCGGCCCGUCCCUGCGCUUGAAGCUGCGUUUUCAGACCGUCGCCGUGCUGCCGGUGGAGCAGUACAAGGAGUUCGCAGAGUACGUCACCAACGCGUACGGGACGCUGUGCGCCGCGCUCGAGCCCGUCAUCGGCGUCAAGAACAAGGAGGACGUGGCCGCCGCCCUCGUGCGCAUCCUGCACAGCACCGGCACGGCGAAGGAGUUCCUGGGCGACGCGGUGAUGUCGGAGGUGGAGCGCUGCAGCGAGCACGACGUCCUCCUCUUCAGGGAGAACACGCUGGCCGCCAAGGCCACGGAGGAGUACCUCAAACUGGUCGGGCGCGAGUAUCUGCACGACGCGCUGGGCGACUUCGUCAAAGCCUUGUUCGAGUCGGACGAGGACUGCGAGGUGGAUCCCGCCCGCUGUUCCGCCGGCGACCUGGCGGAACAUCAAAGCAACUUGAAGAUGUGCUGCGAGCUGGCCUUCUGCAAGAUCAUCAACUCCUACUGCGUGUUCCCUCGCGAGUUGAAGGAAGUGUUUUCGUCGUGGCGCCGGCGCUGCGAGGCGGCCGGUCACCGGGCGGACAUCGGCGAUCGUCUGAUCGGCUCCUCGCUCUUCCUGCGCUUCCUGUGUCCCGCCAUCAUGUCGCCGUCGCUCUUCCAGCUGGCGCGGGAAUAUCCCGACGAGCGCACGUGCCGGACGCUCACGCUCAUCGCCAAAGUCAUCCAGAACCUUGCCAACUUCACCAAGUUCGGCGACAAGGAGGAGUACAUGGCCUUCAUGAACGACUUCCUGGAGCGCGAGCGGGCGGGGAUGACGCGGUUCCUGUCGGAAAUCUCCGACCCGGAAACGCCGCCCGGCGCGCCGGGAUUCGCCGGAUACGUGGACCUCGGGAGGGAGCUGGCGCUGCUGCACGCGCUUCUGGCCGAUGUGGUCGCGCAGCUCGACGAGCGUGAAAAUUCCUUCCUGCAGGCCACGCUCGCCAAGCUGGGCCCGCUGCCGAGGAUUCUGGGAGAUAUUUCUCGCGGCCUGGCCGCGCCCGAUCCCCCCCGGCGACCGCCGGGCCGCUUCCGCGACCGACGUAGCUCCGCCCACGACAUCGGCGCCGGCCUGUCGUCCGGCUUGCGCCGAAUCUUCCGGGAGACUGCGGACGGUGUUUCGUCUCCCGACGCGGAUCAGACGGCGGUCGUCGCGCAAGGGCCGCCGGGCCCCCUGCCGUCCCCUCGGCAGCCUUUCUACGACCGCGCCCGUUUGGCGCCCGAGGCCGCCGCGCCGGCGUGCGGGCGCAGCGUCUCCCUGGUGGACCUGCAGGACCCGGCCCGGGGCCCCGAGCCGGGGCGGGGCCCUCGGUCGUCUGUCGGACCCGCGCGAGCGCCGCCCGCAGACGCCCAACCCCAGAGCGCCCCGCAGGUGCGCCGCCCAUUGGCUCCGCCCAUCAAGCAGCAAAGCAGCCUGCAGCCGCUCUCCUUCCACAACCCCGCCUACCAGCUUGCCGGCUCCUCCCACCAGCUCAGUAGCCCCGCCCACUCGCCGCAGGACUCCAGCACCGGCAGCUCCCGCAGCAGCGGCCGGGCGGGGCACCGCCCGCCGCCCGUCGCCGUGCCGCGCCAUUCUGCCGCCGCGGGCACCGCCCACAUCGUCAAGGUAGAGCAGCACAGUCGGGCGGCAGGUGGGGCCAACUCGGAGACCGUGCCCGCCUGCAACCAAACCUCGCCCGAGGAGCAGUGUGUCAAACGUGUCAUCUCGCCUGUGGAGCGAACGGCGGCCUGGGUGCUCGGCAACGGACAAUAUCACCACGACCGCCGAGGGGAGCGGAAAGACGCCGAGGGACUCGGCCCAGAGGAGGGAGGAUGUUCCGACGAGUACAAGCAGGAAGUGUGCCAUCUGAAGGAUCUCCUGCGCGCAUCCUGUCGCCGCCUAGAGGAGUACGAGCGCCGCCUGCUGGCGCAAGAAGUCAACAUCGGCCACAUGCACACCGAGUACAAAACGCGGCUGGACGCCAGCGAGGAACGCCGCCGACGAGAGCGACACGACAAACAACAACAGAUCGACGACAUCCUCUGCAGGUUGCUGGCGGUGGAAGACGAGCUAAAGCGUGAGCACGCCGAGAUGCAAGCGGUGAUUGAAAGCAAACAGGAAGUCAUUGACGCACAGGAGCAGCGAAUCUCGUGUCUGGACGCUACCAACGCUCGCCUGAUGGCGGCGCUGACGCAGGUGAAGGAUCGCUGCGGCUCGGCUAACCCGCGCAAUCCCACCAAGCUGUCCAUCACCGAGAACGGAGAGUUCAAGAACAGCAGCUGCUGAUUGGCCGGGGGCCGAGGCAGGCGCGGGGCCGAGACCGUACAUACUCCGGUGCUCGGGCGUGCUUGCCAAUGUGUGUGAAACAAAACUUUUGUAAUUUUUCCAAGGUUUUUAUGUAAAUUGUUGUCACGCUUUAAUUUUCGUUGAGCCCAGUGUGUCGUUCCUAAUAAAAAGUGCCAGUAAGGGAA